AUGAAAACCUCCACCGUACAGCCUCUGCGUUGUGUCUGGACCUCAACGGGAGUAGAAGACUACCGGAACGUCAAGGCGACGAGGUCUUUAGUGUGUCCAGAUGACGCAGGCAACCGUCCUGUGAGUCGCUGCCCUCUUUGCGGGCAGACCACCGACACGAAGCAGUUUUCGUUUGAAGCUCGAACAUACUUCCAAAUUCUCCAGCAUCUUUUCAGACGUCUCAGGAGGCAGCAGUGCUCGUCAGGGACGUCGCCCCGGCGAUAUACGCGCUUCACCACAGAGUCGUCAGAGGCGCCUUCUUCGCCCUUGCCAUCCGUAGACAUGGACGCGUCUGAGGUUUCUCCGCCACCUACCGCGGCGCUUCCGUCUUACAGUGUAUCGUCCGGGACUCCAGAAAGGCACAGUCGCUAUGCUUCAUCGUCUCCAUCUGCUGCCUCUUCUCGGGCAUUCAGCACGAUUAUCCGCACCACAAGAGGUAGCGAAGAAGCAUCACCUCGACAACGUGGCAGCUCACGGAUGCAUCACCGCGCCGUGCCUGCACAGGUCAUGUCGCCCGUUGUGGGCACUAGCUCUUCCUCAGCUGUCUUCGAACCUGGCAGAGUCUCGCCUGAGCUCAGGCAGGCAGGCACAGCAGCGUGCGAGGAACCAGAAUCGUCUUUUUUUUCCUUCGGCGCAGCACAGUCCCAGCCAGACGCGGAAUCGAUACCCUCCACGCGGAACAUCCCCGUCGAGGUGCUCAUAACCGGGUACUACAAUCGCUUCUUUGUCGAGAAGCGUAAAUUGGGGAGCGGCAGUUACGGUCAGGUCUACCUCUGCACUCAUAUUCUUGAUCAGCUCACGCUCGGCGAAUACGCAGUCAAAAAGCUUCCCGUCGGCGAUGAUAAGAACUGGCUUGCAAAGAUGCUUCAAGAAGUUAAAAUCAGAGAGAAGCUCCAUCAUCCAAAUAUCGUGGAUUAUAAACACUCGUGGCUAGAGAUGCACCGAUCGAAUCCUAUGUGUCCAUGGGUCCCGUGGCUGUUCAUCCUUAUGGAAUACUGCAACGGCGAUAGUCUGGAAAAUUUGAUAUGGGACCAAGGAGUAGAUAAUCCGCCGUCCCGGUACUUGACGGACGACCAGAUAUGGAAGCUGUUUUUUGAUAUUCUAUUUGGACUUCAACAUCUCCAUCAUAGCGCCAUUCUGUACAGAGACAUGAAGCCUCCGAACGUCCUUUUGCAGCAUUCCGUGGAGAGGAUGACAGGCAAACUGCAAUGCCGCGCUCAGCUUUCAGACUUUGGCACGGCAGAGCUACUCGGAGAAAGGAUGGUCCGUAACGACCGUAACGGCUACACUGGGACGAUCGAGUUCACGGCGCCGGAGCUUCUUGAGACUGAUGAACGAGGACUAUUUAGCCCGAAUUACGACAUGAAGUCCGACAUGUGGAGCCUUGGGAUGAUUCUUUACGCGAUGUGCUUCGCCCGCGUCCCGUACUCAGACAAGGAGCCGUCCAGGUGCCGUAGGUUGAUUCUUGGUCACACGCGAUUAUCGUUUCCGCAGCACCCUCCAAGGGAUCCCACUUUCAAACUGCUGAUCGAGGCAUUAACGGCAAAGAAUAGUGCUAAUCGCCCAUCCACAGACGAUAUUUUGGACGACCCGCGGGUCCGCCGGAUUCUGAACGAUCGAGAACGGCUUGAAGUGGCGACGGAAGAGAUUGUGGAUCUUUUACGGAAGAAACGACCUCCGUGCGAUGCCGUGGGCCGCGGCCAACAGUCUGCGCGGCGGCCUGGUUCCUCGUCGGUGGAUGUCUGCCCUGACAGAUGCAGAGGAGGCGAGCCACGCUGUGAACUUGUGACGUCACAUUCUAGGUCCCCGUUGUUCCCAUUGCCCGCACCUGCACCAACAGACGCUGACGGCUUUGGUGCUCAGCCGCUCGUGUGCACCGUGAACGAGUGCGCCGCCGCACCAAAUCUUCAAAGGCGCCGAUCGAGACUGGAACAGUCACCGACGUGA